UCUUUUUUUUUUUUUUUUGUAUAAAGAAACAAAGUAGUUAAAAGCGAACGCAAGUGACUGUGACAUCUUCUUUGGCUCUCUGUGUUCCACGGUAGUUUUCUCUCGUCGUUUAUAUAUUUGUGAAGCGAUAGGCUCAAUGCAGCUUUUCUUCUUCUUCUUUGUUUGGCUCGACUGAAAUGGAAGAAGAAAGAGAAACUGGAAAUAAGAACAGUUUGGUUUUUGCUGUUAAUGGAAAGAGAUUUGAGCUUUCUAGUGUUGAUCCUUCUACGACUUUGCUUGAAUUCCUGCGUACACAGACUAGUUUCAAAAGCGUCAAGCUCGGUUGCGGUGAAGGUGGUUGUGGUGCUUGUGUCGUUUUGCUCUCCAAGUACAAUCCAGUGCUUGACCAAGUUGAGGAUCUUACAGUGAGCUCAUGUCUUACGCUCCUCUGCAGCAUAAAUGGAGCCUCAAUCACAACAAGUGAAGGCCUUGGUAAUAGUAAAGAUGGUUUCCACUCAAUUCACCAAAGGUUCAGUGGAUUCCAUGCUUCCCAAUGUGGCUUUUGUACUCCUGGAAUGUGCAUGUCCUUGUUUGGAGCCCUUGUUAAAGCUGAAAAAACUGAUAGACCAGAGCCUUCUCCGGGUUUCUCCAAGCUUACAGUCAAUGAAGCUGAAAAAGCUAUUGCAGGAAAUCUGUGUAGAUGUACCGGAUAUCGACCCAUUGCUGAUGCAUGUAAAAGUUUUGCAGCAGAUGUUGAUAUGGAGGACUUGGGACUUAAUUCUUUUUGGAAAAAGGGAGAGCCGCAGGAAGUAAAGAUAGGUAGUAUGCCUCCAUAUAAUCAAGAGAUUUGCACUUUCCCUGAAUUUUUAAAAACAGAAGUUAAAUUUCCCCUGCUUUUGGAUUCUAAAAGAUGCUCUUGGCAAGAAGAUGCUCUUGCAGUCAACCUUAUCAUCUGGAGAAAGUUGGCUAACAAAUUUGUUAGAAAUACAGGCAGCAUUGGUGGCAAUUUGGUGAAUGGGCAGCAGAGGAAAAGUUUUCCUUCAGAUAUUGCCACAUACUUCUUGCAGCUGGUUCCUUAUGUUCAUGUAAUAAGUGGCACGGUGCAUGAAAAGCUUACUCUGGAGGAGUUUUUAGAAAAGAAUGGACACGAUGAUAUUUCAAUGUCUGAGGAAAUUAAAUUAAAGGAGAACCAUGAUAAGCUGGAUCAUGUUAAAUCCCCCUCUUUGCUGUUAUCAUCCAAGCAGGUGAUCCAAUUAAACAAGCAGUAUGAUCCUGUUGGGAAGCCGAUUGCAAAAACUGGAGCUUUUCUUCAAGCUUCUGGUGAGGCUGUAUAUGUGGAUGACAUUCCCUCUCCUAGAAAUUGUCUACAUGGAGCAUUCAUUUAUAGCACAAAGCCUUUUGCAAAGGUAAAGAGUAUAAAGUUCAAUUCAGAAUCACUUCCAGAUGGAGUCACUGCAGUCCUUCCAGAUGGAGUCACUGCAGUCAUUUCUUUCAAAGACAUUCCAAAAGGUGGGCAAAAUAUUGGCAGUCUCUUUGCAUUUGGUCCUGAACCAUUGUUUGCUGAGGAGCUUACUCAGUAUGCUGGAGAGCCUCUGGCAUUCGUGCUUGCAGAUACACAAAGAAAUGCAGAUAUAGCAUCGAAGCUCGCUGUGGUAGAUUAUGACCUGGAAAAUCUACAGCCACCCAUUUUGACUGUAGAAGAGGCUAUUGAGAGAUCUAGCAUUUUUGAGGUGCCGCCAAUUAUCUACCCCAAACAAAUUGGUGAUGUAUCUAAGGGAAUGGCUGAAGCAGAUAACAAGAUUCUAUCUGCCGAGGCUCCAAUACGUUUCUUCUAUUCUAAUCAAGCCCCCGAGAUAAUCGCACACACUGUAAUCGCAAAAUGUCUGCGGUUCCCUGAGCACAAUGUGCGUGUGCUUACAGAGGAGGGUUGGAGGAGGUUUGGUGGAAAGGCCUUAAAAGCCAUGCCUGUUGCUACAGCUUGUGCACUUGCAGCACACAAGUUACAACGUCCUGUGAGGGUAUAUCUCAAUCGCCACACUGAUAUGAUAAUGGUAGGAGGAAGGCAUCCUAUGAAAAUAACUUACAGUGUAGGAUUCAAGUCCAAUGGAAAAAUUACUGCCUUAAAACUUGAUAUAUUAAUCAAUGCUGGCAUAUCUAUCGAUGUGAGUCCAGUGAUGCCAAAAGCCAUCGUGAGUGCACUUAAAAAGUAUGAUUGGGGAGCUUUAUCUUUUGAUAUAAAGGUAUGCAAAACAAAUGUUGUAAGUAAAUCAGCAAUGCGAGCCCCUGGAGACGUGCAAGGAUCAUAUAUCGCAGAAGCUAUAAUUGAAAAUGUAGCGGCUUUUCUUUUUAUCAGUUCAGAUUCUGUUAGAGCCAUAAAUCUCCAUACGUAUAAUACCCUUAAGUUAUACUAUGAUCUUAGCGCAGGAGAACCUCUAGAAUAUACUUUAACUUCAAUAUGGAAUAAGUUAGCCACAAGUUCGAGCUUUGAACAAAGGACUGAGCUGAUAAAAGAGUUUAAUAGGUCUAAUGUGUGGAAGAAAAGAGGUAUUUCUCGAAUACCUGUAGUGUAUGAAGUCGGAACAAGACCAACAGCUGGAAAAGUGAGCAUUCUAAACGAUGGGUCUAUUGUGGUUGAAGUUGGAGGACUUGAAAUUGGCCAGGGCCUCUGGACAAAGGUAAAACAGAUGGUUGCUUUUGCUCUUAGUUCCAUCAAAUGUGAUGGAGCAGGAGACCUCUUGGAUAAAGUUCGAGUCAUACAAUCUGAUACCUUGAGUUUAACUCAAGGGGGGAUGACUGCUGGGAGCACUACAUCUGAGUCGAGCUGUGAAGCAGUUAGACUUUGCUGUAAUGUUCUGGUUGAGAGACUGAUGGCUGUGAAGGAAAGGUUGCUGGCGCAAAUGGAUUCUAUAAAAUGGGAGAAACUUAUCAGUCAGGCAUAUUUGGAAGCUGUGCACUUGUCAGCAAAUUCUUACUUUGUCCCUGAGUCUGCUUCCAUGGAAUACUUAAACUACGGUGCCGCAGCAAGUGAGGUAGAAGUAGAUCUUCUGACAGGGCAUACAACAAUUUUGAGAUCUGAUAUUUUAUAUGAUUGUGGACAAAGUCUCAACCCUGCUGUGGAUUUAGGACAGAUUGAAGGAGCUUUUGUCCAAGGAAUUGGAUUUUUCAUGCUUGAAGAACACACAACAAACUCAGAUGGAUUAGUAGAUGCCAAAGGGACAUGGACGUACAAGAUACCUACAAUAGACACCAUACCAAAGCAGUUCAAUGUAGAGAUAAUUAACAGUGGGCAUCAUCAAAACCGUGUUCUCUCUUCAAAAGCUUCUGGUGAGCCACCACUGCUCCUAGCAGCCUCAGUUCACUGUGCUACAAGAGCAGCUAUAAGCGAAGCUCGGAAACAGCUUGAUUCAUGGGGUUGCCUAGACAGUUCGCGCUCGACAUUUCAGGUGGAUGUCCCUGCCACCAUGCCUACUGUGAAGGAGCUUUGUGGGUUGGACAUUGUGGAGAGGUACUUACAGUGGAAAAUGGAAGGCAACUGAUAGUUAUCAAGCUCUACUUAAUAAUAAGGUACCAUGGAUUUUAGUAGUCAAGCACAACACAUCUUAAUAAACUUGGAUUGUGCUUCUUCUUCUUUCAUUGUUCUUCUUCUGUUUUUCUUCUUCUUCUUCUUCUUCUCUUAUGGGUUAAAGCUGUAAAUUUCUUCACUCAUGGGGAUGCUGUUUUUAUCUAUUAUACAUUUUGGUCUGAGAUAACAUUUCAUUCAUGAAAUAUAUAUAUAUAUAUAAUUGGAAAAGGAAAGAAAACGCCAUGAUAGUAAAUUUUGUAAUUUUA